AGCAGGAUUCCCUGCGAAACGUUAGGACGUCGAACUCAAAAAGCACCGUGAACUGCACAUCAAAAAGAUACUGUUUGACGGGGAAAACAUUGCCAAUUUUUGUGUCCUGUUUUACACAAAAAAAUUUUUUAAUGGAGAAAAAUCCUUUUUAAACCGUUUUGUGAGUACUCACAUUUUUAAACCCUUCCUUUUUUUUGGGUUUUUAUUCCCCCCUCCCUUUUUUUCGGUUUUAUUCCCCCUUCUUUUUGGAGUACAACACCCAAGCCAGAGGGGCCUACAAAACUUCCUGUUUGGUGAACUCCUAGGCCGCUUAGGCCUUCUGGUAAGGAACUGAGUUGUUAAUCAGCUACAGGAUCCUUGUCCCAAGGAUUCUUAUCAGCAUACUCAUGGGGUAAGACCAAUGAAGACUUUUCUCCUUUUGUUUUUAUCUUUCCUUUCUUUUAACCUUUUUUUUCCUCGAAAGGAGUUUUUUUACAGGCACAAUGAUUCCCUUAACAAACAGAUUCACAGUGUUGGAGACUUUGGAAACAGAUGGGGUGGAACAAACACUACACACAGACCAGCAUCUACACAACUCAAAACCCAGGGAAUUUUUAGAUAGACAUUUGAGGAAGUUGUAUUUUAAAUUCUUACAGGCCACACACCAUGAAGACAUUGUGACAACAGCUCUACAUACACAAAUUUUUCCAAAGGGCAUGUCUAAACAAACACACAAACUUACACAGUUUAUCAAACCGGCAUGCCCCAAGCAACAAACUCUACAUAGAAUUACGGAAAACACACAAAAUUGGAUGAAGGCAAAUAUGCAGAUCCUCAAAGACCAUUACGUUCAAGUGAAAGCAGAACUACUGAAUCGAAUCCACAAAAUGGAGGAAACAGAAUGGCAGAUAGCAGUUAAAUGGGCCAAAGGUAGAUUCAAACACAAAUUGAGGGAAGACAUAAUAGAAAAGGCCAAAACACAAAUGGAACAGAAUCUAGUGGAAACAGAAAAUGGAGGAACUGCAUGUUUGCCUAUCCAAGUAUCAAACAGCUCCUCUAAUCCUUCUUCCACUGCCGCCUCUUCUUUUUCUUCUUCGUUGUCUUCUUCAAUCUCUUCCUCUUCUUCCUCCAAACAGAGUCCGAGUAAAGACGACACAAACCUUGUGGCAAGUUCUCCACAGAUGCAUUUAUCGAAAAGCAAUGGAACACCUCGGCCUUUAAACAACAACUCCGAUAAGACCAAGGGGGAGCCGACCCAGGGGGAUAGGAAGCAGGAGAGGAAGGAGGUGAUGAAUGGGUCUACAGAAAGGAAGACCACGUCCUUGAGAAAAGCCCGAUCUGAAUCCUCCCUUUCCCUUUCCCCUUCCUCUUUCUCGUUGACUCCCCUGCAUGUGGAACAUCCGGACAGGGUGGAGCCCCAAAUAAAAACCUGUGAAGUGAGGAACCAUUGGGUUCCUACUAGACAUCCUAACACCACUAGAAAGAUUGCAGAUUGGACACUGGAAGUAAAGAAACCAGUUUUGUUUAUAGGGGACUCCAACCUGUCCAGAAUUCCCUAUUUUAGUGACGAAAAUGUUCAGGUGGAUAGUCCGCAGGAGGAUUUACUCAGCAAGGGUCUCACCUUCAUCCCGACGCCAUGCGGUUCAAGGAACCGCUAUGGGGAAGAAAUUUGCUCCAGCCUACGCGAAUAUUUAUAUGUCUGA